AUGUUGCUGACACCACGGUUACUGGUUACUGCGUCCGUGCUGUUGGCGGUUACCGACGGAGGGCCAGGACGGAUUCGAGUGGAAAAUCCCUACGGGUCUGGAAGAGGAAAUAAAGAGACCCAGAUUACCGUUAAGAACGAACGUCAACCGUCUGGCACUUAUUAUGAUGUAACUCAUAGAGAACAAAUUCAUCCUCCAGACGACAGAAGAUAUACAUACCACGACUCUUCAGAUCGUGACUCAAUUUAUCAGGGUAACACACGGACUCUAAAUGAGGACUACUUAUUAUUCCCUCGUUUCCCUCAAAAACAAUAUGAGGAUAACUCCAGGCAUGACGAUAAUGACAAGGUAUCAUUAGCUCUUCAACAAUCUGAGUCCCAUUCACAGAAGCCAUCGCUCGAUCAGAUGUUCAAAAUCAUUGAAUCGAUAGCCAGUGAAAUAUUAGCUAGCCAGGAUAAGAAUAAAGGAUAUGUGCUGGUGCAAGAUGUUAUGGAGUUCGACACGCCCGAAGCUAUUUACGGCAAUACUUUGAGUCAGGAUAACUCCAGGCAUGACGAUAAUGACAAGGUAUCAUUAGCUCUUCAACAAUCUGAGCGUAACUUACUUGAUGAUAAUGAAAAUGUAUUAUUAUUAUCUCAACAACAAUUUGAGGAAUUGCAUGAAGAAUACUUUCCACUAUUUCCACUAGAGGAUAAAUCACAGAACUUUUCAGAGCCGCUUAACUCAUUGAAUCAAGAUGAUGACUCAGAUCAAAAACCACAUGAGGGGCAAGAUGGUAUUCUUCCAGAAGAAGAAUUUAAAGGGCUCGCCGCAUCAAGUCAGGAAAAUUAUUCAAAGUUCCUUGAAGAUAUCAGUGUUACCCACCAGGAGAUGUAUUUGGAUACCUCCCGGCAUCAUGAUGAUGGCAAAGCAUCAUUAGCUCUUCAACAAUCUGAGUCCCAUUCACAGAAGUACUUGUUCGAUCGGAUGUUAUUCAAAAUCAUAGACUCACUUAGGACAUUGACCAAUGAAACAAUCUCUGUCCAGGAAUUGCUUAAAGGAGACAUUCCACGAGGGGACGAAUCGCAGAACUCGUCGGAUCCGAUUCAGAACUACACUCACCACGUUGAACAGAUACAAAAACGGAUGCUGUCAUUUGAGAAUCAGCAAAACAAUAUAUUAUAUUCGAUAGUUGAAUUUGAACAAGCGUACGAGAUUUUAAAAGAGUCCUGGAAAACCAAACUUAAGAAUAUUCUUGCAAGGGGCUAUUCUGAAGAGGCUAGAAGGUUUCUGGGAAUGAUCGAAAAUGUACGGCCGCUCAGAGAUACUAGAGGUCUGCAAGAGAUUAUUAGGGGAAAAACUCGAACGGCAGAUAAGCUUCGAGACUCGUCAAAGCCAGCCAACACGCUUAGACAAGCUCUAGCACAAUUAUACAUACAAGAUCAUGUUAAGUUGGAGAUUACGAACUGCACUCACCAAAUUGAUCAUUUUCAAAAACAGAUGGGCUUAUUUGAGGAUCAGCAAAUAAAAGUAUAUGAUUCAAUAACUGAACUUAAAAAUGAGUAUAAGCUCUUGAGAGAAUCCUGGGAAACCGAACUUCAGAAUAGAAAUGUUCCGAUUGAAACAAUGUAUCAUAAAUUGUAUAAAGAUAUACAACUUCUCCGGUCUACUGACCAUGAUCAGGAGAUUAUUAUGGAAGACACUCUGAAGCUGGAUGAACUUCAGGUCUCGUCGGAGCUGGCCAUGCCGCUUGAGAAACGUCGUAAACGAUUAAUAUUUCUAACAGACCCAUUCCAGUGGGAGCAUAGCAUCUGGCAGUUUCAAAGUAACGAGUCGCGACGGUCACCUAAUUCCGAAUGGUUAUACUUCAAACAGAUCGACCCGCAACUGAAACGGUGGAGGCUAGUGGCUACAAGCGUGGUACGGAACUUUUCGCUCGCAGAAGACCAUGACCGAGUAGAACGAACAGAUUCAGGUUCUCUAAUGAUGGAGCACAGCACCUGGACGUUUCUUGGUAAAGUUUGGUGGAAUGGCACAAAUUGUGAUUUGCAGCAGUGCGGAUGGUUAGUAUUUAAUCAGUCUGACUCGUCACUGAAACGUUGGAGACUGGUGGUUUCUAGUCCUAUCCACAUUGAAGGGCAGCAAAAUCCAUCGGAGCCGCACACAACGCUCGAUAAACCCCACAGUUAUGUAGUACCAACUGUUCCAAAUAAGACAGCCGCUGGACUACCUCAGAGCUUGGAGGUUGUAACCACAACCACCACGAUUAAGAUAGACCCUCUGUUGGUAGACGAGCUGCAGGACCCUACAAAUCCGAUCAAACUAGGACAAGGUCGUGGGCUAUUAGUUCUAUCAAAACCUGUUAAGUAUGAGGAUAUUAUUUCCACCAGGAAUUUUCCUGACAAAACAUCAAGUCGUCCACAGUUUAAGCCUCAAGCACUGAAAGCGAACGGUAAUUAUGGUAUAUAA